AUGAAGAAUAUGUGGAAGCAGGUAUACAGAGAUGCUUUACACUUCCUCAAGAGAAACGGUCUGUUACAGUAUGGAGGUCCACACCGUAUGCUGGCCGUAGCUGAUGGAGGGGCUGAGGAAGAGUCUGACAGUGAGGAUGAUGAAGAGUCCGAGAGCAGAGAGGACAGAGAAACACUGGAUCACUCCAGCAUCGAGGAACACAUCUUUGAACACCUUCCUCCGAGAAGGUUGACUCUGUGUUGUUGUUCCUGUAGGGAGAGGCGGAGUCUGGUGCAGUCGCUAAGCAACAUGCUGCCAGUCAGAAUGGCAUCUGCCAUCCUGUUACCGUACACACUUCCUCUGGAAUCAGCUCCGUCACUGAGCAUCAGACUGUUGGAGUGGCUGCCAGACAUUCAGGAGGAUGUGGGCUGGAUGAAGGAGCAGAGAGAGAGAGAGAGAGAGAGAGAGAGAGAGACCGCACAAACACAGACUCGGAGAGGACAGUCUGACCAGAAGCUCAGUCUCCAACUUUUCAUAUCAGCUGGAAUUGAAACAUUCCCAGUCUGUCCCGGCCAGCUUCAGUGUGGCACGUCUGCUCCCGGGCUGGGUCUACGGGGGCAGCUCCACAGUCCUGGACGCAAUGCUGCGAUUGGACCGGUACCAGCGCUAACUCCUGCCAGGCUUUUUCUGUGUCAGUCUGGACCUCCGAGGGUCUUUCACCACCAGUUCGGCUCACCCCAGUGCCUCCAGCUCCCUGAGCCACCCAAGACGCAAUGGAGGGUCUUACCAUGCGUCCCAUCAGAGCCCUGA